AUGGUUUUAUCACUUCUACUAUCAAACUCGUUAUUACCGAUAUGUCUGAGAAAUCUUACACGCGUGACAUUAACAAGAGACUUCAUCAGGAAUCGAUAUACUCGCACUUUACCGCCGACAAUUUUGACAACAAUUUUAGGACGUGAUAAAGGAAAAUCUUUUGGGAAAGAUGCGACUUCUGAUUCGAAAAUACAGAGAGCAGUUAAUUUUGUUUCGCCAUGCUUGCGAGAAGAACUCUUAUGUAAGAUGUCGGAACCAGUUAGAGAUUGUGGCCAUAAAGUAACUAUUGUUGGUGCUGGUAUGAUCGGUGUUGCCCUUGCAAAUUCACUUCUUUUUCAGCGAAUUACUUCGCAUAUCGCAAUGGUAGAUGUUUUUCCUAAAAAACUGGAAGGCGAAGGAAUGGACUACAACCAUGGUUCUGUAUUUAUAGGGGAUCCAAAGAUCGAGUAUGAUACAGAUUUUUGUGUGACAAGUAAUUCGAAAGUCGUAGCUAUUUGCGCGGGUAUACGACCAGUGAAGGAUGAAACUCGACUCGAUGUGGUGAAGAGAAAUACAGAAAUAUUGAAAAACAUAAUACCAUCUCUAGCAAAUUUUAGUCCAAAUGCGGUGUUUGUUGUCAUUAGCAACCCAGUGGAUAUUUUGGCAUGGAUUACCUGGAAAUUAAGUGGACUUCCGGCCCAUCAGAUAAUUGGUAGUGGAACUCAUCUGGAUAGCGCAAGAUUUCGCUACUUGAUUGCUGAUCGAUUAGAAAUAGCACCGAGUUCGGUCCAAGCGUACAUGAUUGGUGAACAUGGACUCAGUAUGGUUCCGCUCUGGUCCGGAGUGAACGUUGCGGGAGUGCAGUUCCGCGAUGUUAUCCCGAAUAUCGGUCUCGAGACAGAUGAUGAAAAAUGGUUCGAAAUAUCAAAAUAUGUAGUGAAACUAGGUUCCAUAGUGCGUUGUCUGAAAGGAUACUCAAAUACAGCCACUGGACUUUCUGCAGCCGACAUCAUAGCAGCUAUAUUACGCAAUUCACAAACUAUUAUGUCAGUUUCGACCUUAGUGCAGGGUCAUCAUGACGUAAAUUACGAGAUGUUCUUGUCUCUACCUUGCGCGAUUGGCGAAAAUGGUAUCACACAGAUUGUACGAAUGCACAUAACUGAAAACGAGAAAAAGCUGUUUCAAGCUUCAGCGAACUAUGUGUACAAAGUGCAAAAGGAUAUAAAAAUCAAAUAG